AUGUGCAAGGCGAUCCAGACUGAAGCGCUUCAGCAGGCUCCGCGUUUCAAGGUUGUCUGGAUGACGUUGGUCAGGGCAGCGACGAAAAAUGGCAAACAACCGUGGAAUGUCAUGGCUUGCGCAGCAGACUGCGAAAAACUUUCUCGCCAAGAUCGUCAUGGUCAAGGAGUAGAUGAACGUGGUCGUCUGAUAUCUGACCACAUCGCACCCGAUGACUCUAGAAUUAACAGUUAUUCGACGAUGUAUGCGCUCUGCAUGGACUCGCCAAAUGUCACGCGUAGUCGCGCACGAAGGUGA